UAACGUCAUUUCCGUUGCAAACAACGAUAAACAUGGCGGAGUCUCAAGGGGUAGCUCCCGUGUUUUUCGUUAUUAGCAACAUUCCCGUCACUUUUCGCUCAGCGGACCUCAGGAAUUAUUUCAGUCAGUUUAUAGAGAGCUGCGGCUUCCAUUGUUUUCAUUACCGCCACAGACCAGAAGUGCUCCGGGAGCCCCAAGUGUGUGGGGACGGCGAGGAGGACGGCGACAAGUCGUCUUCUGGGAGCGACAUGGCAGCUGCUAACAGCACUGACAACAAAAAGGAGAAGGCCAAAUCUUGCUGCUGUGUCGUAUCUGUUCACGGAAAAGAAGCUGACAGAUUUUCCAGAAUGUACGGAGGGAACCACUGGAUCGAUUCGAAGGGCGUGUGGUUGUCCAGAAGAUGUGUCGUUAAAAGAGUUAAAGUUUCACAAAACAACGAUAGUCCACAGUUUCCUUAUAAGACGAGGUAUGAGCAGCGGCAUCGAGUGGCCCAAACGGAGCACUUCACCCUCUCCGACCUCAAUAGAUUAUCCGAACUCAAUCCACCUGCCCUGAUGCAGAACGGAAACGUGGGGACACCGGUCAAAGUGUUUUUGCAGCUCAUCCAGUCCUGCCGCCUGCCUCCUCGCCUCAUCCGGAAAUUGGGCCUCACUUUUCCCAAGACUGGCUCCAACCGUCGCUAUGGCAACGUGCCUUUCCAGUACCAGGACACUUGCACACUUCCUGCCACAGAAGAGACUGUUUUAACAGCUGCCGGGCAUGAGAUAUCUGGCCCUGGCACCUUUGCAGGUAGAACGUCAGGAUUGAUGCCGCAGGCUGACGGCUCUGAGACAACAGAGAGCGAUGAACCACACGGAGGAGAAGAGGAGGCGGAGGAGGAUGUUGAAUCAAAUGCAGAUGAUGAUGACGACUGCUGUGAGGAGUGGGAGCGCCAUGAGGCGCUGCAUGACGAUGUUACCAGCCAAGAGCGGAGCAAAGAGAGGCUUUAUGAGGAAGAAAUAGAAUUAAAGUGGGAAAAGGGCGGCUCAGGCUUGGUGUUCUACACUGAUGCCCAGUACUGGCAGGAAGAAGAAGGAGAUUUUGAUGAGCAAACAGCAGACGACUGGGAUGUUGACAUGAGCGUCUACUAUGAUAAAGACGGUGGUGACAUGGAUGCCCGUGACUACGUCCGAAUGCGACUUGAAAAAAGGCUAAGAGAAGGUCUUGAACCCGGAGCGGCACACAAUCAGAGCAUUGGCAGUUUUGAAAGGUUCACAAAGGGCUUUGGUCGUCGUGUGAUGGAGAAGCAGGGCUGGAGGGACGGGGAAGGCUUAGGGAGCAGUCAGGUUGGGAUUUCUGAAGCCCUGGAAAAUGAAGGCCAGCAUCCACGCUGCAAACGAGGGUUUGGGUAUCACGGUGAAAAGUUAAUCCUCUAUACUACAAAGAAACCUAGAAAAGAUUUCCAUGUGACUACAAUCUACGAUCAACCCAAAGACAUGGAUGAUGGCGACAGCUUGCUCAGACGCCAACCAAACACCAGCAUGAAGUACAGAGGCUGGCAGCCAGGUGGCAGCAGUGGACCACGAAGAUGACAUUUUAGUUUUAUUUUAUUUUCAUCACGCUGUAAAAACUACAUUCAUCGUUUUUUUCAAGUAUUGUAUGCAAUAUUGUUUUAGAUUUUGUUGUGACGUACUGUUUUAUAUUUUUUGUGACCUAAAACAAAUAGUAUUUAAGGUAUUUAAACCUUUACACCUCAAUUUAUUAAACUUUUAUUAAUCCCAUGAGGGGAAACUA